AUGUACACGAACGCAUUCUCUCUGCUCGCCCUGGCUGGCGUAGCUCAAGCUCACAUGUCGCUCUGGUACCCACCGCCUCUUGGUGGAGCAAAGGAGGCGAACCCUUUGACCACGACUGUCGACCUGGAGUUCAACUUCCCCCUUGGAUGCUGCGACGAUCAGCACAUCGCGCCCAGCCCCGGCCUUUGCCGUGGUCAUCUUGACCUCUACGACACCGAGGAAGCCCAAGUCACCUGGGAGGCCGGUCAAGAUGCCUACUGGCAGAUGUCCGACUACACGUACGAUCCCGUAGCACCCGGUGGAACUCACUCCGGCGGCUCAUGUCAAGUUGGGUUCUCUACUGAUAGAGGCGAUACCUGGAAGGUUGCUGCUUCAUACAACGGCAACUGCCCCCACGGCUUGGACGGAUCUCCUGACGUGCAGACCUUCGACUUCAAGGUUCCUACUGGCAUGCCUGAGGGCGACGCUUUGUUCGGAUGGAUCUGGUUGAACCGUGAGCAUGAGUCUUUCAUGGGAUGUUCCAAGGUCAAGAUCGGUGCUGGCUCUGGCAGCAGUAGCCCAGUCCAGUCUCAAACGCCCUCAGAGACAUCAGCAGUCCAGUCCCAGGAGCCCUCGAAGACGUCAGCUGUUUACACAGCGCCUGAAGAACCUACUCAGUCAGCGGAUGCCCCCACUGUGCCAGAUGAGGAUACUCCGGUCGUGACUGUUACACAAGUCGUCACCUCUUAUGUCACCGAACCUACUGCGGCCCCUGAAGAGGAGGAAGAGGAGGAGUCAGCUACGACUACCCGUGCAUCCCGCAGUCACCGACCGCGCCCAACAUCAUCCUGGGACCAGUCCCAAAACAAGCAAAAGCGUUCCAAGUGGUCUAUCGUGGAUGGCUGCAAGUGCGAGUGCCGUGGUGGCCAAGAAGACUCCCUCUCCGCCAGCUGCGUUUGCAACUCUUGCGAUUCAUCUGAAACUACCCGUGCGUCCGUUGAGCGCAAGGCCCUUCGUAUGCACAGGCGCUCGCUCCAGAAGCGCGUCUCUGGCUGCGACUGGGACUCCGCGCCUUCCAUGGAGGUCUCAUACUUCACCUCCGACGCCGACUGCGCUCCUAGCGCUAAGGCAAGGAACCCGGAGAGUGACACCUUCGAAAUCGGUUGGGAUUUCUCUUGCGGUGUUGUCGAUGGCAAGGGCGAGUACCCUAUUAAGAUGAUGGAAUGUGACAUGUACUAG